AUGGCACCCUCCCAGUUGACUCUGUCUCUACUCCUCGUCCUGCUAACAACGUCUGGCAAUGCUGCAAGCACCACCUGGGAAACGCAUCCUUCUCACCCAACUUUGCCAGGAACCGUUCCCAACUGCAACAAAUGGUACACUGCGAAGAAGGGCGAUGACUGUUCCACUGUGCAGCGUGAAUGUGGUAUCUCGGCCGAUGACUUUUUUCGUUGGAACCCGUCGGUCUCCAAGGACUGUAAGGAGAACUUUUGGGCAGAUACAUCGUACUGUGUUGGCGUAGGGCCAGCUAUCACCACCGGAACACCAACCCCAACGGUCCCACCCUCGACGACGACUCCUACGCAGAGUACAGAGACUACACCCAUCAGCUCUAGUCCAAGCAGCAAUGGGACCUCCUCAGACUCUGCUCCUUCCAGCUCCCCAACAACCAAGGAAACCUAUACGUUCAAUCAUCCCAUUACCACCUGGACUCCCCCUUCGCCUACGCGAGAGACAGCAUGGCCCCCGACCAAAACCCAGCCAGGCCAGCCCACAUCGUGCACCAGAUGGCAUGAGGUGAUGGUCGGGGACACCUGUGAUACCAUCACCAGCCGCUACAGCUCGUGGAUCACGAAGGAAGACCUACUGGAGUGGAAUCCGGGCCUUCAGGAAAACUGUGACGCCCCUCUCGUGGGUAAUUUUCUAUGCGUCAUGACCAGACCGUCUGGCUACACGUUGACCUAUCCAAAUAAUUCAACCCCGGUGGUCAUCCCCACCCCUACGCCGUACACGCCCCCGCCUCCACCAGGGAUGCCCUCCAAGUGUCAAAUAUACUACCAUGCGACCACUGGGGACUCCUGCUCCAAGAUACUAUCGCAAUAUAACAUGCCCGAGAAACUCCUGCAUGAAUGGAAUCCGGCUCUUGGCCCAGACUGCAAGGGCCUACUGCCUAACUACUACUACUGUCUCCUUCCCGACGGGUUCAGGCCCAUACCGCUCACUGUCACCACCGCCCCUGCGCCCACUCAAACCGGGAUCGCCAGCAACUGCAAGGCUUGGUACCGGAGGAACCAGUCCGAGACGUGUUCCGACAUCGUGCUCGCUUUCGGUGCCUUCUCGGAGGAGGACUUCAAGGCCUGGAAUCCUGCCGUGGGUCAGCAAUGUACCGGACUGAUCGAUGGCAACUGGUACUGUGUCGCCGUGCCUGGCACUCCCACCACACGCACUGCAUCAGUGCCAGCCUUCCCAACAAGCGUCCCGCGCCAGCCAAACGUGAUCAAGAACUGCACGUCGUGGUGGCAUGUAUCUCAUGAGGAUGACUGCUACGACGUCGCCCGGAAGAACGGCAUCACCGUCGACGAGUUCCUCGCGUGGAACCCAGACGUGCGUGCCGGGCAAUACGACUGCAAGAUCCUACCGGUCGACUACGAGGUCUGCGUGGGCGUGCGACCCAAGCCACCCAUCCGCGGAUGCACGCCAACGGCUGGCACGAACACCACCGCCCCAGCCAAUACGACGGCAGCAUAUCCGACGACCAGGAAGUCCUGGUCCAGGACGUCCUGGCACAAGACGCUGACCACGACCACCGUUGUGACGAAAUGCGAGGAUGCGUCGUCGUCCACCUGCGCCACGGCAACGGUGACCACCACGAGAGUUGUGAUUCUGUCUCCUCCCCCAACGGCCGCUCCGCCUCCUACUGGUACCACCACCACCACAUUCGUGACCUCCCCGACGAACUCGUCCUCCGGGAUCUCGUCUCCAGGGGCCUCCUCACCUCUGCCUCCGUCAUCGAGCUGUGCUUCUUCCUCCAACAGUUCCACGACGCCCGUCGUGCCGCCAACUACAGGCCCAAGAGAAAGUAGUAGUUCCAGGCCGACCACACGAUCAACUCAGAGCCAAGAUCCCCACAGUUCCGUGACCGGGCCUCCGCCACCUGCGGCGUCAUCGACGAUCACAGUGACUACGACUAUCACGACACAGUGCUCCACUACGUCCACGGCGGAUACGAGCUUGCCAGAUGAUACUACGCUCGUGACGGCCACGGUGACCACGUCCUGCUCGACUACUUCUGCUUCGAUUACUUCUGCCUCGUCUUCUUCUGUGUCGGCUUCUUCUGCCUCGACUACUUCUGUCUCGAGUACAAGUGAGCCAGACUACACCGAAAUCGAGACGACAACCCUGACGACUCGAUGUUUGACGACCUCACAGACUCAGACCACAAGUGAGCCUUCGAUGACCAUUAUGCAAGGAUGA